AUGGGUGUACUACAACCUGGCCGGCGUGAUUCGCGCGCUUCGGUCCUAUCACAUAGGAAUUGGAGUUUCGACCGAGAUCUCGACGCUUCCUUUCCAUCGGAGUCUCUGGUGGAACACGCUAACCUAGGUAGCUCUCCCGGUGGAGUGGAAGCCUCUAGCUACAAUGGAUCGAGCAUGAGAACCCCCAGUCGCUCAUUCUAUCACCGCUCCUUUAAUACAACAAAUGAAAAGAUUGCUUUGGGUGGAUCCGCUAAGGAGGCAUUUUCACUGACCACUCACCUUGCUCUAGACCCGGCUCAUUAUGCAUCGGAUGGUCUCCGCGAACAAACAGCCGAGCUAGCGACAUACGGCCUGUCGCUCAAUAAGGAGCCCUCACGCACCCGGACAAGUUUACCGCCUAGCUUGGAUCUCUUCCGCGAACGCCACUUUUCGAGUAUAUCCCACCAUGAUCCUGCCAGUUCGUCGUACCCGCCUCUGGAGGAGGCGAUAGAAGAGUCGGGCACUGCCCAGGAAGAACCAGCUUUGGCCUCGUCGGCUCUGACAGAGAUGAUUCGCCAACCUACCUUGAGUCGCCCGGAAGACAAUGGACCUAUUGCAGAGACCGAACCGUUUCCAUCUUUACCUAAUAUUCACGAUGAGCCGGAGCCCAGAGACACUGAACGAACCUCACUGUUAACGAAGCAACGAUCCAAGUCCCCGCAUCGUUACGGGACACUUGAAGAUGUUGAGAGCCAAGGCGGGGUUGCGAGUCGGUCUUCUACUGCCCUUGCCAAGGGACUCGCCACGGUGGCUAAGUGCUCCCGGACAAUAAUGAACCCCAAAUCCUGGGACAGACGUGUUGUGUGGGAGCAGGGAAUCGUGCACCCCAUCAGCCUGGUUCCUGCUGUUCUGCUAGGACUCCUUCUCAACAUCCUGGACGCAUUGUCAUAUGGUAUGAUUCUGUUCCCGCUAGGAGAACCGCUAUUUGCCGACCUUGGCGCAGACGGAAUAUCAAUGUUCUAUGUUAGCACUAUCAUCGCUCAAGUGGUCUUCUCAAGUGGUGGGUCGAUUUUCAAAGGAGGAAUUGGUAGUGAGAUGAUCGAAGUCGUUCCAUUCUUCCAUCAGAUGGCAUUUGCCAUUAUGAAUCGGAUUGGCAAAGACAACCCGCAGUCGGUUAUAGCGACUACUAUUCUCGCAUUCUCGGCCAGCUCAGUCUUGACUGGGUUGGUUUUCUUUUUGAUGGGUGUGUGUGGGCUGGGCUCACUGAUUGGUUUCUUCCCACGCCAUAUUCUAAUUGGUUGCAUUGGUGGUGUUGGCUACUUCCUUCUGCAAACUGGAAUGGAGGUGUCUGCCCGUCUGCCGGGAUCUCUUGAAUAUGACCUGGAAACAUUGCAGAAACUCUUUCAGGCAGAUACAGUUGCACUUUGGAUCAUACCGUUAUCUCUUGCCAUUGGACUUCUUGUCUUGAAACGCUUUAUCCGUUCAAACUUCCUUGUCGGGGCUUAUUUCAUUGCCGUGGCCGUGGUGUUUUACAUCAUUGUUCUCAGUGUCGGGGUAUCCAUGGACACUCUUCAUAAAAAGGGCUGGGCUUUUGAUGCCCCCUCAUCUAACCACCCCUGGUACCACUUUUACAGUCUCUAUGACUUUUCCCAAGUGAACUGGACCGCCUUUGCGGAUACUCUUCCAGCCAUGUUUGCAUUGACUUUCUUCGGCGUGCUUCACGUACCCAUCAACGUUCCUGCCCUGGGAAUCUCAACAGGAGAAGACAACCUCAAUGUUGAUAGAGAGCUCAUGGCUCACGGGGUCACGAAUGCAGUUUCGGGAUUCGCAGGUAGCAUUCAGAACUACCUUGUCUACACAAACAGCCUUCUUUUCAUCGCUAGCGGCGGUGAGUCUCGCUUAGCUGGUCUGAUGCUAGCAGCUGCGACGGCAGGAAUCAUGGUCGUGGGCCCAGUCAUCAUUGGGUACAUCCCAGUCAUGGUCGUCGGUGCUUUGAUUUUCCUGCUGGGAAUUGAAUUACUUGAAGAAGCAUUGGUGGACACCUGGGGCAAGCUCACGAGGCUCGAGUACCUUACGGUUCUUAUCAUCGUUGUCACUAUGGGUGCUUGGGACUUUGUCAUGGGCAUCAUAGUUGGGAUUAUGUUGGCCUGCGUCAACUUUGUUGUCCAGACCUCUCGCAAAUCAGCUAUCCGAGCCACCUUUUCAGGAGAAAUUGCUGGAUCAACGGUUCGUCGGCCGCCCAUCCAGCAGCAAUUCUUGCACGAAGCUGGACAGCAGACUGUCAUCAUGAAACUUGGUGGCUACCUCUUCUUUGGAACAAUUGUCAGCGUGGAAAACACAAUGCGUGCCCUUAUUCAAGACGAUGCAUUCAGGAAAAAGCCCAUCCGAUUCCUGAUCUUGGACUUCUCACGAGUCUAUGGAUUGGAUUUCUCAGCUGCCGAGGCAUUCACGCGCAUCAAUCGAAUCCUCCGCAAGCGCAACGUCCAGACUACCAUAUCUGGUCUCAAUGUAGAAGGCGACGUUGGUAAGAGCCUCCAGAAUGUGGGCCUCUUCGAACCCGAAACUGGUGUCCCAAUUUUCGAAGAUCUCAACUCCGCCCUCGAGUUCUGCGAGAACGACUACCUCAAAGUCUUCUACAGCCGCCAGGAAGCGUUAAUCAGCAAACCCAUGGAAUCCUCACACGGGACUAAUCACCUCGAAGUCCCCGUCCCCCAACCCUCUCAUCAUAACCUCUCCGACACCAUCGUCGGCUCCCCACGCGGCCAGUACCUCCAGCGGGUCGCAACCACCACAAUCCGCGAACAUGAAACAUCAAUGUCAAUGAUGGCUGCCCCCGCCUGGUCUGCAAUGCGCCAACCUCUCCCUCUCCUCCUACAAACCUUCCAGGGCCUCUCUAACCAGAACGAAGACUUUUGGUUCCCUGCCUGCGCCUACUUCUCGCGUGAAGUCUAUUCAGCAGGUACUAUCCUGUACCACGAAGGCGACGUCCCUCGUGCAUUCUAUCUCCUCGAAGCCGGCAUGCUGCGCUGCGAGUACGACCUCCCUCAAGGUCGCUACUUCGAGCUCGUUGUCGCCGGCAGGCCGUGCGGCGAGCUUCCAUUCUUCAGUGAUACCCGUCGCACAGCCACAGUCAAAGCCGAACACGAGUGCGUCGCUUGGUGUCUCAGCGACAAGAAAUGGAAGGCUCUUCAAGAAGCGGAGCCGCGAAUCGCCCGUGAAUUGUUGACGGUCAGUCUGAAAUUAACGACUGAGCGCAUGGACUGUAUCACAUCGUAA